AUGACUAUUUAUGAUCAGUCUCAGUUUAGCAUUGGGAUGCUCUUAUUACACUAUCAGCUAGCAGAAGAUUCAAUGGUGAAGUUGGAUAGAAUCUGUCGGGAAGCAAAUGUCAUGUUGGUAUUUGCACACGCCUAUGGCCUCACAGGGUUUGUUCGGAUCCAUGUGAAGUUAAUUGAUUUUACAACUGUUUUUACUGUGACAGAGAAAUAUGAACUUGUUCAUGCAAAGUGGACAACAGAACGAUGUGCUAUAUGUAGAUGGGUUAAGGAUUGGGACUAUAACAAAAUUGUUAUUUGCAACAGGUGUCAAAUAGCAGUCCACCAAGAGUGCUAUGGAGCAAACAAUGUUCAGGAUUUUACAUCAUGGGUUUGCAGAGCAUGCGAAACUCCUAAUGUUGAGAAGGAGUGUUGUCUCUGCCCUGUUAAAGGCAUUCCCAUUGAUAUCCUUAUUUAUGCGUUAAAUACCCAAUUUCAUUUUCUGUUUUUUUAUUCUUAUAGAUUUGAAUGUUGCUUCUGCAGGGGGGCUUUGAAGCCAACUGAUGUUGACUCCCUGUGGGUCCAUGUCACAUGUGCUUGGUUCCGGCCUGAAGUUGCUUUUGUAGAUGCUAAGAAGAUGGAGCCUGCAGUUGGACUUCCUAGAAUUCCAUCACAUUCUUUUGUAAAGGUAUGAGUCUUAUUUAAAAUCAUUGUAGAAAUGGUGUUUCUAACUGACACAGUGAC